GUGCCACCUGGCUUCGAGGGCAAGAUUCCGGAGGGCUACUAUGUUGCCCACUCCCCUACGUACACGAACUUCGUUAUCCUGAGGGGCUUCCUGAAAGAGGGACGCCCAGACCAUGCAGCCAAGAUGUGGAAGGACGGCUUGAAAAUCUAUCCGCUAGCGAAGGCUGGGAGCCCACCCAAAAUGGAGUUCAUCAAUACGUCCGGCAAGACGAUGAACACGGUACAUUCCAACGACUUCGGCUUUUUCAAGGAGGUGAAUGCUGUCAUUCAGCGGGAACCCCUUGAUUUCCUUGACCCGGAACUGCGCGGGAACCUCAUGGCCAUCGGCAUCAA